AUGAACAUUCAAGGAGGAUGUGACACACCAUUGAUACUAGGCCGACCCUUUUUGGCCACUGCUGGAGCUGUCAUGGACCUUCCAAACAGGCGAAUGUCCUUAGCCAAUGUUGACAAGACAGUCUUUUACAAGACCAUACCAUUCAUCUCACCAAACAAGCUGUCUUACCUCAUCACUGCCCAAGGCCGCCCAAGAGAACCACCAGACCACACUCAAGGUCACAAUGAGACAAGAACUAAAAGACUAUGUCUCAGGCCGUGCCCUUACCCCAUCUCCAACUAA